AUGGUCUGCAGCUGUGUCGAGGAUAUGGUUCGGGAACAAUGGCCUUACGAGCCUUGGCCCAAGUCCAAAACUCCGGGGCGAGAGUGUAGUAAUCCCCGCCGGCAUUCUCAAGAAGCCGAGUUUGUUGUAGAAAUAAGCACUGUUGUUGAAAAGCUCCACUCAGAAAUGACCGAAGAGAUGGCAUGGGUUUCUACUACUGCACGGAUAUUAGAAAAUGUCGCCGGAUUCGCGAAACAAUUCCAUCCCGUGUCCGCAGCUAUCGUAGAAGAAGUUCUCACGGCACGCGCGGACCUCACAGUAAAUUUCGACCUGCGAAGCAAGAAACUUGUGGAUAUCUCAAAUAAACUCUCCGAAAAGUUUGGGACAUAUCCCACGCCCUUCAUCAAUACGGCAAAAUCGCCCUUCAUAACCAUUGAGUGUAAGUCUCAAGACGGCAGCAAUGUAGGCGCGGAAUUUCAGUCGACUCUAUGCGGCAGUGCGAUGCUCGAAUCUUGGCGCCGUUUCGGUUUGCCGAAAUUUUCGGAUGUGAGCGCCGGAGAGCCUCUAUCCGCCGAAUCAUCGUCACCAACCAUCUAUCCUACAGCGCACCGGAAACUUAGCUCUGGCGACGGGGCAACCGAACAGAGCGCCAAAAUUGACCAUGUGUUUGCGUUACAAGUAGUUUCUUUUAUGUGGUCGUUCAGUGUCAUCUUCGUUGAUCCAAGGAACCCUCCGAGUGCAGAACAUUCUCGUAGAGUGCUAGGCCCGUUUGGUAUCGGCGAUAGUCGAACCCCGACCGGCCUCUAUUCAAUCUUGAGGUUUCUCGACAAGCUGUACACUUGCAAAGUAUCGACUUGGCUACCUGGGAUGUUGGAGCGAGAUACGACUUCGAUGGUUUAUUGA